CAGGGUAGGAAAACAUUACGGACGGUGAGUGUGGACAGUGUCACGAAAAAUAGCUUCUUGGAAUUUUUUUUUACUCCAGGGUUUGGAAUACUUUUUUUUUGUGGUGGUGGGGGGGGUCUACAUGUUUUGUUACAAGCACAAAUCCAUGUAUCUGUCGUCUUGGAAUUGAGUUGUAAGUAAUCUUCACGGAGCUUGUCUUCUCACCUGGGAGGACGCCGAGUCCGGUCAGCUGGCGGUCGGGAUAACUAUUUCCGCCGUGUUGUUCGUGGUAAUGACGGCUAGCUGAUAGCUGGGACCGCUGCAAUGCUAGGUGGUAAUGAGCCAGAUCGCUUUUUUUUUAUAUAGCUGAAACAGUUUAAGUGGAUAUUAAAAGGUUGUUCGAGACAAAGGAUAAGGAAUACCUGGUUUUUGUAUUAUUCUGGAACUGUAUUCUUCACUACAUUUACCAGAAUGCACGGCGGCAGAUGUGACAUCCACCGAGGCAGAGAUUCCACAAGCCUUCAAUGUGUUUGUUGUGGAUGUUUUGAAGGCAUGUUGCCUCCACCGCCAGAGAAACCGCUGCCUUUGGAUUGUCCCCCAUUUUCUAUUUUUCUGCUGAAAUAUUAACUAUGUGUCGACGCAGCAGCUUGGAUUUGUUUGGAGACAUUUAACACGUUGAAGUGAGUCGGACGGGAAAAUCGACAAAAAAGGAAACGCCAGUAAAACAUAAAGGAUCCUUUUCCCCCCUAAAGAAAUAUCAUGGCAUCUGUGUGGAAAAGAUUACAACGUGUGGGGAAACAUGCGUCCAAGUUUCAGUUCGUUGCUUCCUACCAGGAGCUGAUGGUGGAAUCCACCAAGAAAUGGCAACCAGACAAGCUGGUAGUGGUGUGGACUCGCAGGAGCCGACGGAAAUCCUCCAAGGCUCACAGUUGGCAGCCAGGCAUCAAGAACCCCUACCGAGGAGUGGUGGUGUGGCCUGUACCGGAAAACAUAGAAAUAUCUGUUACACUCUUCAAGGACCCCCACGCAGAGGAGUUUGAAGACAAGGAGUGGACGUUUGUCAUUGAAAAUGAGUCUCCUUCAGGUCGUAGAAAGGCUCUGGCCAGCAGCAGCAUCAACAUGAAGCAGUAUGCCAGCCCCAUGCCCACACAGACUGACGUCAAGCUCAAGUUCAAGCCCCUCUCCAAGAAGGUGGUGUCUGCCACGCUACAGUUCUCCCUCUCCUGCAUCUUCCUCCGUGAGGGCAAGGCCACUGACGAGGACAUGCAGAGCCUGGCCAGCCUGAUGAGUAUGAAGCAAGCUGAUAUCGGCAACCUGGAUGACUUUGAGGAGGAGGACGAGGAGAAUGAGGAGAACAGGGCCAACCAGGAGGAGAAGGCUGCUAAGAUCACAGAGAUGGUAAACCAGCUCAAUGCUCUCAGCUGCUUAGCCGGAGACCCUGAGGACUACUUCCUAAAGCUGGCUAGUAAAAGGCCAAGCAGCGCUCGCUCUCCCUCCCAAGAGCUGAUCAGUAAGCUGAACUUCCUGGAGGAGGAUCAGGACACACCCCUGCCCUCUGAACCCUCCAACCCCUUCGACGAGGACGAAGUCAACACACACUCGCUCACAGAGUACAACCCGUUUGACGAGCCCGACCAGGACCCAGACCCCGACCCCCAGGGGCCCCAGGUCCAGCAGUCGGAGGCUCCCAAACCCAGGGGGAGGAAGGGGGUCAGGCCGGUGGAUAUGAGCAAGUACCUGUAUGCUGACACCAACCCACCACCAGAGGACCAACUGGAUGAAUCCAACCCGUUCUACGAGCCCCGGACCUCCAGCCCAUCCCGGCCCUCCGGGGGCCCCUCUCCAGACUUCAGUAACCAGAAGAGGAGAGCCCCGCUACCUCCCAGACCUCCAGGCCCCAGCCCCUCGGCCCCCAACACCUCCAGGGAGGGGGCAGAGAGGGAGAGAUUCAUGCCCAGUGGACCCAGUGCCGUGGCAGCUGUGGUGGGGCGAGAGCUGGCCUUCUCCUCCCCUAAGCCCAGUCCUAUCCCGAGCCCAGUGCUUGGUGGGAAGCCCAACGCUAGCCAAUCCCUGCUGGCCUGGUGCCGUGAGGUCACAAAGAAUUACCGCGGAGUCAAGAUCACCAACUUCACCACAUCCUGGAGGAACGGCCUGGCAUUCUGCGCCCUUCUCCAUCACUUCAGACCUGAUUACAUAGACUACAAGACCCUCAAUCCUCAGGAUAUUAAGGAAAACAACAAAAAGGCGUAUGAUGUUUUUGCCAACCUGGGCAUCAGUCGUCUGUUGGAACCAUCUGACAUGGUUCUGCUGGCCAUCCCUGACAAGCUGACCGUCAUGACGUACCUCUACCAGAUCAGAGCCCACUUCAGUGGAGAGGAACUCAACGUGGUGCAGAUAGAAGCCAACAGCAGCCGCAGCACAUACAAGGUGGGAGACUUCGAGACAGACACCAACGCCUCUAUCGGCCAGGACAAGUUCUAUGCUGAGCUAAACGUCAGUGACGCUAAUGCCCAGACCACUGGAUCCAGUGGGGACGUUAGCAUCGGAGCUAACGGCGCUAGCGCCAGCAAUGGAGCCGUGGGGAAAGAGGAGGAGGAGAUGGAGGUGGUGAGGAAGAGUGAGACUGUAUCUUUCUCCCUCCCUGACUUUGGGGUGUCCCCCUCCUCCCCCAGCUCGCCCCCCCUCCCCUUGCCCCGUGCGGCUCUAUCCCCCACCGCCACAGAGUCCUCCCACCCCAGAGCCGCGCCUCGCUCCCUUGCCACCACACCUCUGGGAGACGAUCGUCGUCAACUACAACUACCCCUGAAGGCAGUCACCCUGGACCUGAGCCAGCUCCCUCUGAGGACGGAGAGAGGGAUGGAGAGAGGGACGGAGAGGGGGAUGGAGAGAGGGAUGGAGAGAGGGAUGGAGAGGGAGGGACGGAGAGGGAGACGGAGAGGGAGACGGAGAGAGGGACGGAUAGAGGGAUGGAGAGAGGGAUCGAGAGAGGGACGGAGAGAGGGACGGAGAGAGGGACGGAGAGAGGGACGGAGAGGGAGACGGAGAGAGGGACGGAGAGGGACACGAGGCAGCAGGAAGGGAUGAGGUGGAGCCCCGGACAACGGGGCCUUAGAUUCCGGGUCCCCUACACGGCAAGGAGCCUCUGUAGGGGCCUCGUCUCCCUCCUCCCACAAGCUGGGCUUCUCCUACAACCGUGAUGCUGACCUCAUCAAGAAGAAGAGGGCCAGCCUCCGUCACUCUGAGUCUGAGACCGCCUCCGACUGCAGCGACCCCACCCCUAACAACCACGCUGACACGCCCACUAAACAGGAGCCAAUGCCCGUCCCCAGCUCCCCAGUGGAAAAGAAGGUGCAGUCUCGGCAGGAAGAGCUGAAGGAAAGAGCCAGGCUUCUCCUGGAGCAGGCCCGGCGGGAUGCUGCCAUGAAGGCCGGCAGCAAGCACACAGCCAGUUCAACUAACUCAGUCCCAGUUAAAACACCACAAGUCACUGACGAGAGAGACGUGGAGCGCCGGAGGCAGCUGAGGGAGAGGGCCAGACAGCUCAUCGCCGAGGCUCGCUCUGGGGUCAAGAUCACAGAGAUGCCCCUUUACGACACGACCGCUGACCGAGGAAGAGGCAAAACCACCCCUACUGGAGGUGUGAACAGUAAACACAUGGACUUGAAGCUGAAGAUGCUGGAGGUUCGACCUGGAGGACCCAACUCUUCCUCCUCUCCUUCAUCCUCCUCUUCCUCUCCCUCCUUCUCCUCAUCCACCUCGCCACUCAGCCCCACAGAGAACAAUGCAGAGCGUCUGCGCAGGGCGACAGAGAGACUGCGUGGUCCUGUAGUCUUCAGUCAGGAGCCAGCUGUCAGGAAAACACAGCUGAGGUCCUUCAGCCAGUAUGUGGAGGUCAGGCCAGAGGUAAAGCGUCAGAGAUCAGUACCAGAGGAUCAGAGACGGACGGGCGAGGAGAGAGGACUGGCACCAGACACCGAUGCUCGCAAGCCUUAUGAAGAUGAAAAGGCGUUCAAAGACACCAGUCAGUACGUUGUCGGGGAGCUGUCUGCUCUGGAGAGCGAGCAGCGCCACAUCGACGCCCGGGCGGCGCGCGUGGAGAAGAGGCUACGCUAUCUCAUGGACACAGGGAACAGUAAGGAAGAGGAGGAGGCCAUGAUGCAGGAGUGGUUCAUGUUGGUCAACAAGAAGAACGCUCUGAUCAGGAGACAGAACCAACUCUCUCUACUGGAGAAGGAGCACGAUCUGGAGCGACGCUUUGAGCUGCUCAACAGAGAGCUGAGAGCCAUGAUGGCCAUCGAGGACUGGCAGAAGACAGAGGCUCAGAAGAGAAGAGAGCAGCUGCUGCUGGAUGAACUGGUCAUACUGGUCAACAAACGAGAUGCGCUGGUCAGAGACCUCGAUGCACAGGAGAAACAGGCGGAGGAGGAAGAUGAACACCUGGAGAGAACCCUAGAGCAGAACAAAGGCAAGAUGGCCAAAAAGGAAGAGAAGUGUGUCCUUCAAUGAUUGUCAUUUCAUUUCACACACACACACACACACACACACACACACACACACACACACACACACACACACACACACACACACACACACACACACACAUAUAUAUAGUCUUCAUCCCAAAUGACACCCUAUAUGUCCUAUAUAUUACUUUGACCAGGGCAACAUAGUGCACUAUAUAGGGAAUAGAGUGCCUUUUGGGACACAGAUACAGACUAUAAUAUUUGUUUGAUCGAUACAAUAAUUGUAUUAUUAUUAUAUUGACUAUUAUUAUUGUAAUUAUUAAUAUACCAUUAUAUUGACAUAUUGUUUUAAUAUACCAUUAUAUUGACAUUAUUAUAAUUAUUAUUAUUAUUAUUAUAUUGACUAUUUGAGAAACCUGUAUUUGAAGUUUAUUUGAACCCUGAAAUGUAAAUCAUGUUGUUGUUUUUUGGUCAAAAGGGCUGUGAUGGUUUUACUGCUGAACUAAAAGCAUCCUACAUGCAACCCUAUCCCAUAUAAAGGGCUUUUGACCAGAGCCCCUCACUAUAUAGGAACCAGGGAGCCAUGUGGGAGGGAGGCGUAAAGCCUCUGUAAGGAUGAGACCAUGAUGUCUUGAACCAGCUUUAUACUGACAUGGAAAUGUGUCCUGCUUAUUCAACACACUAGAUUGUUUUUACUGUGUUGUUGUUGCUGCUUUAUCAAGCAAGGUACUUGUAUGUUAAUAUACAUAUAAAUGAUGGUGAAAACCUACCACGGGAGGGAUUGAAUUUCAUUCAGACACACACAGCCUUCUCUUGGCAGAACGUUUCAAUGUUGAGGAGCUUGGAGACAGAGAUUCCUUUAUAGUGGUUCUGAGGUACAGCGCGAGUUGUUUUAUUGGGGACGUUGUUGAUGAUAGCCAAUGAUAUUAUACUGAUGUCUAUUGUUUCAGUUGGACUUUAAAAACAAAACAAAAAAAACAGUAUAAUUCACGAUAUCAGUAUUUUCAAGCUAUGUUUAUUACUUGACUGUGUGUAAUGUUUUUAACGGUAAUAUCUCAAGAUGCAGUUCAUAAACCGAAAAACUGUUAUGAUUUUUUUUUAGUUCGCUUGAAUGCGGUUAACCAAACAUUUCAGAAGAAGAGCUGGCUCGGUGAUAAGGAGAGGGGGGAUAAGGGGGAGGGACGGAGGAAGAGUAGAGGGGUAAGGAGCAGAGCUGAGGCGGGGGUCGUGUCCAAACAUUUUGUAUAUUUCAUCACCGCUCUGACAACGGCAUACAAAAAACUUUUUUUCCCGGAUCAAUUCCGCAAGCAGUUGAAAGCAGAAUAACUUUUAUUUAAUUGCCGUUUUAUUGUCGGUAGUAGGAAUUCUACGGGCUAUACGUGUUAUUAGUGAACCAGCAACACGACACAACCAUGUCAUAUUCUUGCAUUUCUUGCUUUUUAAUCAAAAGGGCGUUUUGUUUAUAUUUAUUGUACACAUACUGAAGAAUAUCAUGUGUUGCUUUUAUUUGUGCUUCGAUCUCCUGGUUCCAACAAUAGAAAUGUAAUUAUCAGAAAGGGCAUAUAGCCCAUCAGAUCAUUCUAGUAGUUAUAUUUCUAUCGGUUCCACUACAUCCGAAUGCAGCUGCUGUCUGAAACGUGUGAACAUUUCCCUGUGUGAUUAUUUAUUCCACUGUCAUAACACAAGUCUUCAAUAAAGUCCGAAACUUUCAUACUCCA